AUGGCAAAAUUGCCACUUGCAUGCAUGUGCAUUUGUGCCAGAUGGGGCCAACUGUCACGGUCGGCCGGCGCGAUUCGGCUUUUUUACCCUUUCGCAAUUGUACCACACUCCGUUGAGGGUCUUUCAGAAGAUGAUGGCUCGCCUUCUUUGGGCCGAAAACAGAUUGGCUUCGAGGUCGUCCGCAAGAGCGUUGCCAUUGUCCACAGCAAGGCCUGUCAGGGCAGACUUGAAACGGGAAAAAAGCUUUUCUCCCCUUGA